UUACAAUUGAAAUUCUUUUCAGAAAUACUCAUCAUCUUACUUCCUCUAACGUUAUUCAUAAAAGGAUUGCAAACGAAAUUCUUGUCGGAAAGCUUGGACUCGGAACCUUCGAUAUCGAUUCUAUACGCCCGGGACAAGAGAAGUGACGUUGUGACUAACGAAUGCUUAACAGAAAUGUACCCAAGGAACCUUUACAAGUACCCUUUGCAUGUAGACAGGAACGAUAUACCAUGCAUCAUCCACUGCGUCCUGAAAAAGUUCGGUAUAAUGACAAACGACGGAUACAUCAAUAUCGGCAAUUAUUAUAAGCGAGUGCAGUCGAUACACAGAUACGAUCCACGGAUACUAGUAUCCGAUGUUGGGGAUACUUGCGCGCAAAACAUCAACAGCAUGAAUUUGGACCAUGACGUCUGCAAAAAGGCGAAGGUGUUCAACGACUGCACCCAACUGUAUGCCAUAUCGUUCAAGGAGUUGGACAGUUGGUAG